AUGAAGAUCAUCGACAAGAUCCGUGCCAAGCUCGAGAAGGACGAGACGUUUUACUCGUUCGAGUACUUCCCGCCCAAGACGCAGGCCGGCGUGACGAACCUCUACUCGCGCAUCGACUGCAUGGCGCAGAUGGACCCGCUCUUCUGCGAUAUGACGUGGGGCGCCGGCGGCUCCACGGACAAGCUCACGCUUGAAAUCAGCGCCAACGUGCAAAA